GAGCUCGGAACGGACGUGGAGCUGUAACUUUCUGCCUGCGGGAGUUCCGUCUGGUCUAUUAGUGAGCGGCCAUUGUAGGUUAUUGUGGUUUAUAAUUGGCGGGAAAUGGCUGGCAGGUCGACUCCUCUCCUCCGGACUCUGGCUGAAGUGAGCGAGACGCGCUCCUGUACGGCGCUCGUGGGAAACCCGGGCAAGACUCGCGCCAGACACCUGGGGUCCGGUGGCAUCCCCGUGGGCCGGCAGGCCAGCCUCCCUCCCGCCACCGCUGGCCCGCUGAGCACUCCCAGCCGCAGCUUCAUAAACCUGGCCAGCCCGCUCGUAGCCCGGAGGACCGAGUUCUCCGAGAGCCGGGCCUUUAGCUAUUCUCCAGAGCAGGUGUAUGACGUGGUGGCCAGCGUGGACCAGUACGAGCAGUUUGUACCGUGGUGUAAGAAGUCCAGGGUGCUAGUGGAACGAAAUGGGGAGCUGCAGGCUCAGCUGGAGAUUGGCUUCCCUCCCAUUGUGGAGCGCUACACCUCCCUUGUCACUGUUGUGCCCAACCAUCAAGUCAGGGCAGUCUGCACCGAUGCCUCUCUCUUCAACCACCUAGAGACUGUAUGGCGGAUCAGUCCUGCAUCGCCAAGUCAGCCUGCUUCAUGCAAGGUGGAUUUCCAUGUGUCCUUCGAGUUCAAGUCCCUGCUGCACAGUCAACUUGCCACGGUCUUCUUCGAUGAGGUGGUCAAGCAGAUGGUCAGUGCCUUCGAGAAGCGGGCAGCCAAGCUGUACGGCCCACGUGGGCUGGUUCAGAAGGUGGCAGUGAGGAGCAAGGUGCUGUGAGCCCACCCAGAGUCCCUCUAUGGGGGGCUUAAAAGGACCUCUCCACCCCUCAUUCCUAAAUUUUAAACUGGCCACUUCCAAUGUGGUGCUACUAAGAAGACUGGCUCUUCUGUUUUUAACUUUAUUUUAAAUUCAUCCAUGUUUUCCUGGA